AUGGACGCUUACCAGCAGCAUCGGCCACCGCCGGCGUACUUGAGGCCACCACUCCCGCCGUCAACGGCGGAUCCUAACCACUUCAACCACCACCACAACCAGCAGCCUCCUCCUCCCCCUCCGCCGGUCCAUCCUCAACAACAAGCACCUUGGUAUUCCAACCAAUUCCAGUUCCAUCCUCCGCCGCACUCCGCCUCUCCUCCUCCACAUCAAUGGGCUCCUCCGCCGCCGCCAUCGUAUCCGCCCUCUUCCUAUCCCGCGCCACCGCAUCAUUACCCUUCUCCUCAAAACCAGCAGUUCCCUCCUCCUCCACCUCCGCAGCAGAACCCUUACCCGCAGCAGGAAUGGGGGAAAUCGGGCUGGGUACAUCACCAAGCUGGUUUUGAGUACCAAGCCCACAACAACACCGAGGAUUGGGCUGCCAGAGCUAGAGAAUGGGCUGCAAAGAAGGUCGAGGAGGAUCAACACCCACAAUCUCAGUUUAACCCUGUCGGAAGAAUCGACGAGCAGGGCCGGUAUCAAGAUCAGUAUCCGCAGAACCAUUAUCAAGAAGUUCAGCAACAAGCGUUUCCUGCACCACAGGGAUAUCAGCAGUUUACUGUUCCAGUGCCACAUUAUUAUCAGCCAUCACCGGGUUAUUCUGUUGAUGGCCAGCUACCUUAUGCAGUUCCGGGGGCAAUUUCAACUGGAGCUCCAACUACAAGUCCAUCUGUUCAUGAGCAGGAGGUACCUUCUAGUUAUUCUUCUUUUCCAGGUACAGAAGAAACAGUAGAUGCGAAGGAGAUAGUGCACGCACCUUUGCCUGUCUCAUCAGCUCAAGAACCACACCAUCACAUGCAACCCUCACCUGUUGUUCGUCCAUCAGAUCUAAAGGAGCCGCCUUUUGCAUAUGGAAACCAGGGGGCUGGUCCAAUAACCAACCUUAGCGACCAACCUCUAGAAUUUGCCCCUGGUUUUGGUCGCAAUCAUGACUCGCAUGUGCAAUCCAGUUAUGUUGGUGCUGUUGAUUCCUGGACCCAUUCUGCUGCUUCUAGCUCUGUUUAUCAUUCAGUUGUCCCCCCAGGUUCCCAGUAUGAUCCUUCAGUGGCUAUGCCUUCCGCUUCUGGCCAUGCUGCACCACCAUUUGGAAGCUUUACUGGAUCAAGUUUUCAGUCAACACUUCCAUCCAAUGGUGCACCAUUUGGCCUUGGAGUUGGCGGAGUACUUCAUCCUUCUUCAGGCUAUGCAGGUGAUGGGUAUGGAGUUCAUAACAUUUCUGAUCGCCCCAAAAAGGCUUCUGUGCCUAACUGGCUUAAAGAGGAAAUCAUUAAAACUGCAUCAGUCAUCACCAGAUCUUCUGUGGAGAAUCCUAAGGAAGGAUCACUGGCCAUCGUUGAUGAAGAAUUUGAUGAAUCUUUUCGGAAGGGUGAUCUAGGGGAUAACAAAAGCAUUGAUUCUUCCAGGUCAACUGAAGAAGAAGAUGAUGAUGAGGAUGAAGCAGAAGCUGCUAGGACUGCUGCAGUAAACCUGGAAAUAAAACGUAUUCUGACUGAAGUUCUGUCAAAGGUCACUGAUGAGCUAUUUGACGAGAUCGCGACGAAAGUUUUGGAUGAAGAUAAUCAGGCAGUGGAAGUUGAUCAAACGAAUGUCAGUUCAAAUUAUAAGGUAUCGUCAUCUCCUUCGGUAAUGUCAACGCACAAAGCUUCUGCAGAUGUUGUAGUCCCAAGAACAGUCAAUGACACUAAAACAGAAGGUGGUGAAAACUCCAGUGCCAGCUCUCCCACUGGAAAUGUUCUAGGUCUUGCAAAUUAUUCAUCUGAUGAAGAUGAUGAUGACGAGAUUAGGGGGGCUGACAUUGGAAAAUUACAGAAUGGUAGUCAUAAUUCUGGGCAGAAAGCUACUCCACAAGAAAAUAUUUUGAUUUCUGACUUCAUUGGGGAAGGUGGUCAGACCACUAAGCAACCUGCAGACAAUGCUUAUUUGGCAGUGGAUAGUAUAACAACCUCGGAUCAAGAUAACAAGACAAGCUUGUCCAGUAAAGACCUAAUAACUAAAGAGGCAGCACAUAGGAGCAUGGAAGAGAAGGUAGAUGACAAUAAUAGGAGACAAGAUAAAAGGCAUUCGAGAACCGAAAGGUCAGAAAGUCAGAGUUGCUCUAAAAUGAAAACGAAAGAUAGAGGUGAUGUGAUUGGAGAAAGAGGCAAUGAACCAGAGUCAAGAAGGAAGUCCUCUCAAUCUGAUGCCAAAGAUGAUUCUAGCAGAAAAAGGGAAAGAGCAAAGGAGAAGAAGGAAGAUCGAGGGAGGCAUAAAUCAGGGAAUGAAUCGUCGAGGAGCAAGAGAAGGCGCUCAUCUUCUGUCAGCAGUAAGGGAAGACACAGCAAGGAUGAUGGUUCCAGUGACGAGGAAGGAUCAGAUGAUUCCAAAAGGAGGCAACGUUCAAGAAGACAGCUGUCCCCAUCACCUGUUAGGUCAAAAAGAAGACAAGUUUCGAGGUCACCUCAUAGCAAGCAUUCUCAGCGCAGGCAUUCUCCCUACUCUUCUUCUCUUGAGACUACCAGGGGAAGGAGGUCAAGAUCAAAAUCACCAGCUAGGCGGCACAGAUGA